AUGAACUCUGCUUCAAAGGUCUAUCUCCUAGCCUCUCUCCAAGUUGAACCAAGAGAUUUGGAGUUGUCUAUGCUUUUGCAUGGCUUGGUAAAGUUUCCCUCUGCUUCAUUUGGGGGGCUUGAGAAUUUGACCUUGAGAAAUGUGAUGGUUUCAACGGAGAGAUUUAAAAAUCUGCGUAUAAUAUUGCCCAAUGAUGAAGAAUUUUCACAGUCACUUAUAUUACAUGCUCCAAAACUUGAAUGGUUUUCUUGGGCUGGCUGUGCUUCUAAUUACUCUUGUGAAGGAAAUGUAGAGUUUUUGUGCCAUUCUGAUAUAUCUAUAGAACAUGCUUCAAUUGCCAACAAUGAGUACGAGUCCUUGGAUAAUGGAAUCAUUGGUAAAGUUCUUCAAUCAAUGCACCGGGUUUCAUCAAUGAAUAUACGUGAUGUUUCCAUUAAGGAAAUUUCUUCACCAGAGUUGUUGACUGAAUUUUGUAACUUGCUUUCAUUGACUCUAAAACACACCAAUGCCCUCAACGAAAUUACAUCUGUAGUUUUGUUACUCAAAUCGAUGCCACAAUUGAAUACUCUGAAAAUACUUGGGAUUCCCUAUUCCAAAGAGGAAGUCGAAAUGGAGAUUGAGGGAAAGAACAAUGAGAUAGAGCUGAUAAAGUAUUUGCUCAAAAAUGCAAGAGCUUUGAAGAAGAUGACCAUUCUUUAUAAAGCUCUAUUAUGUAGAGAAUCUGCGAUUAGAAAGAUUAAAGAAUUCCGAAUAGCUUCUUCCCAUGUUGCUUUAUAUUUCCGUCCAGUGUAA